GAUCACUCUCGACGUCGUCGACCGCGUCGGUGAACAAUGGCUUCGACGAUGCUGGCGUGCGCAAGGCAACAACGGCGAACUUGGUUGCGCGUGACGCGCUCAUUCGCGACAGCGACCCCGAGCAUAGCGCCUGAACCGACGCCGGGGGCGUCUCACAUAUCUCCCCCCGUCGCUGCGCAGACUCCCUCGGGGUCGGAGCCAUUGACGCACUACAAGAUCACGUCGCGGCGCUCAGCAUGGGGCCUCGGAGACAGGAUUAAGGGCACCCUCGUUGCACUCGGUCUGCACAAACGCAACCAGACAGUCUACCACGCACACGCGCCAGACAUCGCGGGCAAGAUCCUCGCGGUGAAGGAACUCGUCGAGGUGGAGAACGUGCCUGCGUCUGCGGUCAGGACGAAGCAACAGCAACGCCACGAGCGCGCGUCACCGAGGGGGUACAAGGUGGUGGGCACGAAGCAGGGCGCGUGGCUGUAGGGAGGACGCUAGACGUUCAACGGCAUACCGCCUUCCUAUGCUAGAGAUCGUCGCAUAUAUGCGUACAUUAUGCACUGCGCUGGAGCAUGCAACUGCCCAGCCGGCCCAUAUUGCGACCGACGCGCGCUCCUCAACGCGCGAGGGCCAUACAGCAUCAUUGUCCUGUAGCCGAGGCAGAUGGGGCAACUUCUCAUCACGCCUUCGACUAUGCAUAUCAAUACAUCCACCUCCGCUCUUGCCUGAUACUCCUGUCCCCAUACCAGAAGAACUACGAAAGGGCGAUUGAAACCCGUCAUCUGCCGUGAAUGCCCCUCAAUAAAGCAUCUACAAUGACUUGCACGGGUCCACCGCAGUAAUAAGG